AUGGGUAAAGGUUCAGCUAACGAGUGCAUGGUAUUCCCGUUCUGCGAGGGCGAGGAGACACAGAGUGAUCGCAAAGUGCUCACGUGCAGUGGGAGCUCGUGCGACGUCAGAGUGCAUCCGGAAUGCUACGGGUUAGAUGAAUAUGCCGGGAAGUUUUCGUGUGAUUCGUGCAAGUAUGCAAGUGGUGAGAAAGUGACAUGCGUUAUGUGCCCGAGUUUAUCGGGUGCGUUUAAGAAGACGGUGGGAGGCAAAUACAUACACGUGGUAUGUGCACUAUGGACCAAGUGCGAGUUCGGCGAUAUUGAGCUGUUGUCGGGCAUCUCUAUCACCAAUGUGUUUCCUGCAGCAUCAAAGGAGGAAAAGGCUCAGAUCUGA